UGGCGCAGCCAGGCCAGGCGCUAGCGGCUGGAGGAGGAGCUGCGGCCGUAGCCACCGGGUAGGUCAGCACCGCGGGAAGCUGCCGACGACCGCGCGGGCUGUUGCUGGUCCCCGCGUGGAAGAGGCGCGGGCGGCCCGGAGUCAUGGAGCCUAGUGACGCGGUGCACCCUGGUCCAGGGAGGGCUGUGUGGGCGCUGUCGCCUCGGCUGCUGCUGCUGCCACUGUUGCCGGUGCUGCUGGGUCGGGGGCUGCGGGCCGGGGCCGCGGCCUCCUCCUCUGGGGCGGCGGCCGAGGACAGCAGCGCCAUGGAGGAGCUCGCCACCGAGAAGGAGGCGGAGGAGAGCCACCGGCAGGACAGUGUGAGCCUGCUCACCUUCAUCCUGCUGCUCACCCUCACCAUCCUCACCAUCUGGCUCUUCAAGCACCGCCGGGUGCGCUUCCUGCACGAGACCGGGCUGGCCAUGAUCUAUGGGCUCAUUGUUGGAGUGAUCCUGAGGUAUGGCACCCCUGCUACCAGUGGUCAUGACAAGUCACUCAGCUGUACUCAGGAAGACAGAGCCUUCAGCACCUUGUUAGUGAAUGUCAGCGGGAAGUUCUUUGAGUACACUCUGAAAGGAGAAAUCAGCCCUGGCAAGAUCAACAGCGUGGAGCAGAACGACAUGCUGCGGAAGGUAACAUUUGAUCCAGAAGUAUUUUUCAACAUUCUGCUGCCUCCAAUUAUUUUCCAUGCUGGAUACAGUUUAAAGAAGAGACACUUUUUCAGAAAUCUUGGAUCGAUUCUGGCCUAUGCCUUCUUGGGGACAGCUGUUUCUUGCUUCAUUAUUGGAAAUCUUAUGUAUGGCGUGGUGAAACUCAUGAAGAUUGUGGGCCAGCUCUCAGAUAAAUUUUACUACACAGAUUGUCUCUUUUUUGGAGCAAUUAUCUCUGCCACUGAUCCAGUGACCGUGUUGGCAAUCUUUAAUGAACUGCAUGCAGAUGUGGAUCUUUAUGCUCUUCUGUUUGGAGAGAGUGUCCUGAAUGAUGCUGUUGCCAUUGUGCUGUCCUCGUCCAUUGUUGCCUAUCAGCCAGCAGGACUAAAUACCCACGCUUUUGACGCUGCUGCCUUUUUUAAGUCAGUUGGCAUUUUUCUAGGCAUAUUUAGUGGCUCUUUUACCAUGGGAGCUGUAACUGGUGUUGUGACUGCUCUAGUGACCAAGUUUACUAAGCUGCACUGCUUCCCCCUGCUGGAGACAGCGCUUUUCUUCCUGAUGUCCUGGAGCACGUUUCUUUUGGCUGAAGCCUGUGGAUUUACAGGUGUUGUAGCUGUCCUUUUCUGUGGGAUUACACAAGCUCAUUAUACAUAUAACAAUCUGUCAGUGGAAUCAAGAAGUCGAAGCAAGCAGCUUUUCGAGGUGUUACACUUUCUGGCAGAGAACUUCAUCUUCUCCUACAUGGGCCUGGCACUGUUCACCUUCCAGAAGCAUGUUUUCAGCCCCAUUUUCAUCAUUGGUGCUUUUGUUGCCAUUUUCUUGGGCAGAGCUGCACAUAUCUACCCACUCUCCUUCUUCCUCAACUUGGGCAGAAGGCAUAAGAUUGGCUGGAAUUUCCAACACAUGAUGAUGUUUUCAGGCCUGAGGGGAGCGAUGGCAUUUGCACUUGCCAUCCGUGACACGGCAUCCUACGCCCGCCAGAUGAUGUUCACAACCACACUACUCAUCGUCUUCUUCACUGUCUGGGUCAUUGGUGGAGGCACGACGCCCAUGUUGUCAUGGCUCAAUAUAAGAGUUGGUGUGGAGGAGCUCUCUGAAGAGGACCAGAAUGAGCACCGCUGGCAGUACUUCAGAGUUGGUGUUGAUCCAGAUCAAGACCCACCACCUAACAAUGACAGCUUUCAAGUCUUACAAGGGGAUGGUCUGGAUUCUGUUGGAGGAAGCCGGACAAAGCAGGAAAGUGCAUGGAUAUUCAGGCUAUGGUACAGCUUUGAUCACAAUUACUUGAAGCCCAUCCUCACCCACAGUGGUCCCCCAUUAACCACCACUCUCCCAGCCUGGUGUGGCUUGCUUGCUCGAUGUCUGACCAGUCCCCAGGUGUAUGAUAACCAAGAGCCGCUGAGAGAAGAUGACUCUGAUUUCAUCCUGACGGAGGGUGACCUCACCUUGACCUAUGGAGACAGCACGGUGACUGCAAACGGCUCCUCGAGCUCCUACACAGCCUCCACAAGUCUUGAAGGUGGUCGGAGAGUGAAAACCAGCUCUGAGGAAGUGCUUGAGCGAGACCUGGGAGUGAGCGAUCAGAAGGUUUCCAGCCGGGGCACCCCCCUUGUAUUUCCACUGCAGGAAAAUGCAUGACUUCCCCCAAAGUCCUGAAGGAUCAGGGAGGCUCUCGUGAGGAUGAGAAUGGUCAAAUGCCCCAGUGUGUUUGAGGUGUGGCAUUGACUGGGUUAAACUAAUGCUUCUGUUUCAUCGGACCUGGAAACUAUCGUCACGGAAAACUUAACCCAAGACUCAGAUGGUGAAGCUAAAGUGUCUCUAAAUUAAGACAAAUGCAAACCUAUUCCCACUUUCCCACGGUAGUAUGCUGUUUCAGAGUUACACAACAAUAGCAUGCUUGCAAUGGUUUCUCACUUCAUCUGCCUGCAGCAUCUGACUGUGGUGGGGCAGACAAGUGGCUUCAACUCUGUGCUGUAGUGCCAGUCCAGCUGGCUUAAGGAACAUCAAGUUGGGAGGACAAGUUAGACAAAAGACAGUGACGAAAGGAAACUGAAAUCAGAAUGCCAAUGGUGCCAGAUGCUGGUGUCACACCAGCCAAUAGAGCCCCUGGCUCUGAAGACUUAGACAACUGCAUCCUCCCGUCAGAGUCCUAGCUGUGCUAUCUGUGUUGCUCCUAGACUGAAUGUUAGAAAGCGUGGCCAUAGGUUGGGCAUUAGCUCAGUGCUAGACUGCUAGAGUGCUUGCCUACAAUGUACAAGACCCUGGGUUCCAUCCCCAGCACUGCAAAAAGUGUGUGCGUGGAUUUCCAAGAACAUUUCAAUAUGGGGAAAAGAAGUCUAGUUCCUUCUCUGGAAAUCUCUAUAAAAGAGUUACUGAAGUGUUUAAAACCAAAGGCAAAUCAUGUUCUGUUGUUGUUUUUUAAUUAAUCUGAGGACAGGAGGUAUUGAGAAACUGCUGUUGAUACCACUGCAACACUCACUUGACAUUGGAGGCUAUUAUGUGAGCCCACUGACAGAAGGUAACUGGUAGUCUGAGGUGUAUCUACCACAGGGUUUUAAGAUAACAUGGAUAGGGGCUGGAGAGAUGGCUCAGUGGUUAAGAGCACUGGCUGCCCUUCCAGAGGACCCAUGUUCAAUUCCCAGCACCCACAUGGCAGCUCACAACUGUCUAUAGCUCCAGGUCCAGGGUAACUGACACCCCCACACCAAUGCACAUAAAAUAAAAAUUAAAUAAAUUGUAAAAAAAGAUAACAUGGGUAUUGCUAUUAUCUAGGGAAGAGAAAGCAGGAAUAAGUGGAAAAAGCCACAGACUAUGGUUAGGGGAAAGAGAUUUCAAUGUAAAAGAAAAACCUGCAAUGAAAAAGUAGAACUCUUUAUUUUUAUUUUACAUCUUUAGGACAAAAACGCCAACAUGUAUAAAAUUACUUUCCCAUUGAUAUUCCUAUUUUCAUCACCUAGAAAAUGAAAAUCAUUUUGAUGCUUUUAUUUCCAUCUGAACUUUUGUUACUAAAAAAAUAUAUAUCCAAAGCCCUGGAAAUGAUUUAGCUUUUCUGCUCUUCCAGGGAAGACAGGGAAGUCCCAAAAAAACAAAUCAGACUUCUUAAAACUAUUAGAUGACUGACAUUCUGACCUCUGACCAUACUUUCUUUUGUGAAAUUUGAUAGCUCCAGGAAUCAAAGAUGACUUAUCUCCUUGUGUGUGAGACUUGGUGAUGGUCAAGUAACAUCCCCUGUAGCAACCUUCUUGUGGUCCAGGACUUGUUGCCAUGCUCCACUUAUGAGUUCUGAACCUUUUCUUCCAGCCUGACUUGGUUUACUUUCUUCAGCAGUUACCUUGGCAUAUUUAUCUAUGUUCAGAUAUAUAGGAUCAUGUCUGCCUAAGUGUGAAGUAGAAGGUAAAGCAGGGCAAACUGGAGAACUUCUGGACAUGCUACGAGGCUUGCUAUGUGUGGCCGAUGAACCUGCCCAAAGACUGUCAGAUCAAUUAGAACUUCUCCAGAAGGCACUACAGAGCUGCACAUCUCCCGAGCUAUAGUGGUCAAAGGUCUUCCUAUUUAAAAAGUGUUGCUUUAACCAACUGACUCUUUCUUCAUGGGUUGCCUUUUCCUCCAGUCCCAGAUGAAAACUGGCUUCUGCAAAGCUGCUUUGCCUGAAAAUUCUUUUUAUGGUGGUGAAGUGGUACCAGCAUCACAUGCAGUGGUAAGCAGCUGCUGGAAAUGCUGUUCUUUUGAUUGUUUCUUUACAUUGCUGAAUUUGUAGCUCCAGCUUCUUGAAAGUUCACAGUCUUGUAAUGAGGUAACUUCUUCACCAUUUAAAUCUUCUCAGUGUAUCUUGUGUGACUUGGUCAUCAGUUUUCUUUGUGACAUCGUUAUCCUCCACUGCUCUCUUGUGUUGUUUUUAAGCUGCUCACUUGAGGCUUUGCAGAGAAGGACCCACAUGCUUGCCCAGGUCAGCGCCCCAGUGUGAUGAUCGCACUGAGGUAACAAUUCCUGUGCCAUCUGCCAUUUCUCUGUGUUUCCUUUUGGGGGAAGAAAUUCAGCAUUUUCCAUUAGAAUUUGUUCCUGAUGAUCAACUUAUAACCAUUCAAGUGAAUAGUUUCUUCUUUGUUCCUGGCUUCUGUUUUGCCCAUUCUCUGGGAGCCUAUGUUUACAUCAGCUCUCCUUGCAGAAUUUAUAAUGGCUGUGGUUGGUUUUCAUUCUUUCUGUUCAUAGCAAGUUGAUGAGGACAGGCCUUUCUAUAUUCAUGCUCUUGUUCCUUUCGUGUCAUGGCUGUACUGAGUAGCUUAGCCUGCAACAUUAAGUUGUGAAUUUUGUACCUCCUCUUUCUCGUUUUUCAGUAGAUUCUUGUUCUUGCAUCAUAAGCCCCUUUCUCCUGAAGUCUAGACUUCUCUCUUGGAGCAUUCUAGUUGCUCUCUGAGUUGCUUAGCAGGCCUGCAGAGGGCCCAUAGCACUUCCCAGUUUCAAAUUCUUUGUUUUCCCAUUUUCCUAAACUGCAAGUUUCCUCCUGUGAAGUAUAAGUAGCUCACCCAGAGGGUUUAAAAUAGAAACCAUACUUAAUUCUUUCUUUGUCUUUUUACUCUUGCAUUCUUCAUAUAAUGAAUGAAAACUAAAAGUAGUCAACUCUUGGUCAAGACAUGGAACAUUUUAGUCAAUACUCUCUUCUGUGCAUAUGUGGUGAGAAAAGCAUUUGCCGCUCAGAAUAAAUUUGAUUGAGACAUCAUUAUUUUUGAGGUAUAUUGAGAGAUAAUUCUGCUUUCUACCAUGUGACCUGGAACUAUCCCAUUCAUCCAGUUUCCAGUCAGGGUACCCGAGAAACAGAUUACAGCAAUGAAAGUCUUAGAACAGCUGCUGUCAUCCAAACAUCUUCAUCAAGGCAGCACAGGCACCAAAGGAAACAGGAAGGAGCUGUCUGCUCCUGCACUGUAGACUCCCUGUUUACUCAGUGCAGCCAGCUGUGCUCCACAGCAGUCUUAAGACUUAGACAGAACUUGAGACAUUGAACUGAUGCACACAUGCAGUAUUAGUGGCUGCAUGAGGAACAGAAACAAAGUCAUGGAACAUAACCCAGUAGAAAAUUCUGUCUUCUAUAAAUUUAGGAAUUCAUGUGUCUCUUGACAACUGAGUGCUAUGCAAAGGGAUGUCGUUUUCUUGGUGCAGAGGCUGCUGCACCAGCUUAAUAUGGACAAGGUUUGAAAUGUAAAGUAGUGUUAGAAGUUUUGGUAACACAAUUUCUAAAAGAUAUUUUAUAACAUGGUAUUUUUCUCCUCACUGCAUACAAAAUAAUGCCCACAAGCACUAGGACAUCAAUAAUGACAUCACCUAUUUAACCAACUUAACAUCCUAGUGUUAGCAUAGUCCUGUUGUGUUCCUCUUAAAGGGUCUUAUAAUCUUCAUUGUUUUGAAACAUGGCAUUGAUCUUAGCUUGCAAAAUGUGGAGACUCACCCUGACUUCUGAGGAGUUCUCAAAGAUGAAGCUACCUGUAGAAGUGCUUCCACAUUAAAGUGUUGUGCCCAGGUUGCAUGAAGAAAAUUCAGGGUGCCACAAGACUUAGAAGCUGCCUGCUUCAAAGCCAGCUAUCUGGAAACCAGAUUGGAAUUGCUGAGUAAUGGUGAGGUUUGUGUGAGAAAAUAAUUCAAGUCAUCUUUCAAACCUGUUCACUCUGAGUUGAGGGAGAUAAUAUCUCUGAGGACUGGAAUCUUCUAGAUCAGACAUUCUGAAUCCAGAUUGCAUAUUACCUUUGUCUGGCUUAGCUAUAGAGCACUUCCUAGCAUGCCAAGGCCCUGGGUUCUAUUCCCAAGCACUAAGAUAAAAAUGCCAGUUAAAGGUGUGGUACCCUCAAGAUCUGGAUUCUUCAGCUUCCGGGUAGGGUCUGGCAUGUGGGGUUUGUUUGGAAACUUCCAGGAUUUCCUGUGUGCAGAAGGGUUGAGAGGCUUUUGGAUAAAGCGUAUAAGGAGCCCUUUGGAAGCUUAGGUCAUUCAAAGGAUGUUUGUUUAGUAACUGUUAGUGAUCAAAAGAAAACUGAUUACAAAUGCAGACUAGGCCACCAUAAAACUUUCAUGCUCAUUUUGCAGAAUUUAAGGUUGUCUCCCAUAUGAAAAUAGAGACUUGAAGGAGAGAGGAGGGUGACUUGAGGAUAUGCAUAGAAGAAUUUCAAACUUAAGUCAUCUUUAUUCCUACUUGUGGGUGGGGGAGGGAGCUUUUGUCUGAGCUGCUGAGUAGUCCAACACAAAGGCUUCUGGGAAGUUGUCCUUUCAGCUCAAUGUGGAAUUAAAUUAAUAGUCCCUUUUGGUGGUCAAACUUUGUCUUGUUAGUCCACAUGCCUUUUUCAAUGGAGUAAGGGUAGAGCCAUUACUGUCAGCAGCAUAGGGAAGGUUGUGUUCACUCUGUUGACACAAGUCAGCAGUGGUACAGCUCUGAGAUAAGAUCAAACCCACUCAUUCCUUUUCAUAAUGCUCCUAGGAACUACCUAGGAAGCCUAAGCUUUCCUGGAAAAGGUAUUCUGGCUCUUAAAGAAGGUUGUGUUUCUUCCUAGCAACACCAUAGAAAGACCAUACCAACUCCAAUCAUCUAGGGUAGAGUGAUAAUGAUGCCUUGCACCCAAACAAAUCAUGCUAUGUUACCAAAUGUCUCAUCAGGCAAACAGUAAGGAGCACCCUGGGUUGAAUCCUCGAGAUCUCCAAAUGCCUUGUGAUUCCAUAGAAAAAUAAUGUCUCUUUUGAGAGAAAAGAAAAAGUUAUCUCAUUUUAUGUGAGCAAUUCCAUUUAUAGCAAAGACCAGUUCCUUCGAAAACAAAUGUCUACUUCACAUUGCUCCUCCACAGUAUUUCCCUUCCUUGUCUCCAGUAGAAGUGAAUGUAAUCAUGUCAGAUACUCAGUGCGAACCAUUGGUUCCCCGAGCAGGAACACCACUGAGAUCAGAGGACAAUGGAGCAAAUCAUCAGAGAUGCAGACCAUCCACUGUAACUUCCUCAUUCCCGUAUGAGAUCUAAGAGAACUAAAAGUAGCCCAGAGCUGAUGUCAGCAUCCAUCUAAAAUGUCAUCUGCAGGGAGGGUUGCUGGGGUGGCAGCUUGCUGACUCUUAAGUUGGGGCAGACCCUCUCCUGUGUGUUAAGUUGAAGUCUUCUCUUGUUUUUUAAGGGAGACUGGUUUGCUGGCAUCAGCUUCUGUGUUCUGAGGCAGUAAGUUGAAUGAACCUAGUGGCCAAGAGUUUACUUUAGAAACAACAUAUCUGAAUGCUGCUUUUACCUGUUUGAUACCUAAAAUGACCAUACCCCUUUCAAAACCUAGUUUGAACAAUCUGUAGAGAAGUAUCAUAGGAAUGAGUGUGCUGAUGUCAAACCAAAAAAGCAUUCCUUGACAAUUCUUUCAAAACAGGACCUAAAGACAAACUUUUUCCUGCUUUCAUAAACAUUUGUCAAAUUAUCACCAAGUGCUGGAAAAUUAUAAAGAGCAAAAUUAAAGUUUGUAAUGUUCAUUUUAUUUUCUUAAGCAGGGUAUGUUAUAACUGUGGCCACUGAAGCCUUGGGGAGCACUAAAAGGAGGGUCUCUCUGUUGUGCUGCUUUUUGAAAUGGCCUAAAGUGGGUGUGAAAACACACAGCACAGGCCAUCAUCUUCUCACACCACCAUUAAAAGGGCAGAAGAGAAUGUCUUAAGGUCCUGGUCAGCCUUCAACUUUUGGCCAAUGGAAAAUUUGUCUCGCUGUAUAUGCUGAAGAAACUGACUGAAAAAGAAGCGAAUAGCACAAAGCAUUGCAGGUUCACUGUUGAAAGCACCUUCAGAAAGUGACAUCCUGGUGAUCAUGGCUAGGUACCUGCAGGGAGUUUGGGGCUGCUUAAGUUAUGACGGUUCUACUUGCAAGCCUUGGAGGAACAGACGAUGCUUUCAAGUUUUAUGGGUAUUCAAUGUGUGGAUGUAAAAGUUAGUACUGAAAGCACUUAUUUAAAGUAUAACCUCACAGUAGGGUCAUUUCUUCCUAGGUUUUUUUUUCUUUUUUAACAUGAUCCACUUGAUCCUUCUUUUGGCAUGUUUUACUAUUCCCACUAAGAUAAUGAAAUGUGAAGACCAUGAAGAUUCACUGACUACCUGGAAAGCAAGUUUUGAAGCAGAAUAGGGAGAAUUUAACAUGCAAUGUUGGGACUUUCUGGUGACCAUUUUAUAGAGAGCCAACAGUAUAUUUGGGGAGAAUUUUAUAGAAAAGACAUCAAAAUGUGUUUUAACUGUGAAAAUUAAAGACUUGGAAUUAUCUUCAACCUUUAUGUGCAAUAAGGAAAACAGCAGUAGGAACCCUAAAGUGCGCCCCCCUCCUCCCCCGUCUUCCCCCUCCCUCACCUUUUACUUAAUGUUCGCCUUUGGGUAGCUGUUUAGAUUGCUAUUGUAAAGCUAGCCUCGUGGUUUCCUGUCCUUUACUAAUAUUUAACAUGUUUUUCUCAAAGCUUUUUUUUUUUUUUUUACAAAACUCAAAAUAAAAAGAUUAACUGGCUGGGA